AUUCAUGUGACUAAACUGAGAGCAGGACUGUGAGCAGAUAAGGUUAUAAGUAGCUGCGACUACCAGCGAUUUCAUUCAACAUCUGAAGGGAACUUACCGGACAUGAGAGUUUUAGUCGGUGGGGGAUCUGGCUUUGUGGGUCGUGAACUGACCCGCCUGCUGAGGGACAAAGGUCAUGAGGUGACGGUGAUCUCUCGGCAGCCCGGUCCAGGAAAGAUAACCUGGAGUGAGUUGGAGUCCAAUGGCCUCCCGCCGUGCGAGGGUGCCGUUAACCUGGCUGGAGAGAAUCUCAUGAACCCACUGCGAUGGUGGAACGAAAGCUAUAAGAAGGACUUGUUCUCCAGUCGAAUUGACACGACAAAAGCUUUGUCUCAAGCCAUUGCUGCUUCACCCUCUCCACCUCACUCCUGGGUGUUGGUAUCUGGAGUCGCUUGUUACAAACCCAGCCUGACAGCCCAGUAUACAGAGGACAGCGAGUGGACUCCGUUUGACCUCCUCUCAAAGCUGGUCAGAGAGUGGGAGGCCGCCGCGCAGCUUCCCGAGGACACGGCCAAAAGCACCAGACAAGUCGUCAUUCGGCCCGGGGCGGUGCUGGGUCGAGACGGCGGCGCCAUGAAGCAGAUGAUGCUCCCCUUCUGGCUGGGCCUGGGCGGCACCCUGGGGUCCGGACGGCAGCCGUUCCCCUGGAUCCACGUCUCGGACCUGGCGGGGAUCAUCGCCCACUCCCUGGAGCCGGCGGCCGACGCCCCCCGCCCCUCGCCGCAGGUGUUGAACGGAGUCGCGCCGGCUCUCAACACCAACUACGAGUUCACCAAAGAGCUGGGCCGGAUCCUGAGGCGGCCCACCAUCUUUCCCGUGCCCGGCUUCGUCAUGAACACGCUGAUGGGCUCCGAGAGGGCCGUGGUCCUCACUCAAGGCCAGAAAGUCAUCCCCAAGAGGACUUUAGAGUCUGGAUUUCAGUUCAAGUAUCCCGACUUGACCUCAGCUCUGACGCAGAUCGUUGGGAGUUGAAUGUUCUGUCAUCAUGUGUUCAUAUUAACGGUAAAGGAACCUUUCAUCAUGAGCGGGUGAAGAAUACAGCCGAGGCUAAACCCUCAUAUCUCAUUAUACUGGUGCUGUGUUUCAUAUUUUGUAUGAAUCAGACUUUGAAGGAUGAGCUGCAUCCUAGAAUAGCUCCAUACUAGAACAGGGAAAUUAAAAAUGACUGCUUUUGUUCACGUUUUAUUGAACUGAUGCCUUGUCUCUCUGAAUGAAUAAAACUC